CACAAUCCAUAACCUUCCCCUCCCGCCCGAUUGCAUUAGGGUUUCCUUGCUUGUUGCAAUCGACCCCAAGUAUCCAUUACCUUAUCCUACCGAUGAGAUGCAGACGGUAGGAGAUGCGUUGGGGAGCUUCGUUGCAUGGCCCAGCCACCUUGUUAUGGUUGGUACACCAAAGCCGACAAAGGACCCAAAGCCGCCAAAGGACCCCUUGCCACCAAAGAAAAAGCCAAGGGGGAAAAGCAAAUUGAAGGAUAAGGUGUCGGGCCAUACUCAAGAGUCAGUCACGGUUUCACAACAUGCAGUGCCUAUGCCUGUUGUAGAAAACAAAUUCCGUGACUCUCUUGAGACCUAUGCUUCGGCUACGAGGAUGAUUCGUCAAGAGCCGAUAGGGGAUAUCAUUAAUUUUGACGAUGGGCUAUUUGGUAGAGCAUCAUUUGAAGUCGUUCGGGAUGAAAUUUUGAAUGAAAUCCUCAAGCACGAUAUGGCGAGCACUAGUUUGAUGACUUUCUACAUGAGUCACCUUUAUACCUCAUUCGUGGUUCCUGGUGGCCUCGAGUCAAAGAUCAAGCUGGUUAAUCCUCAUGAUGUCUCUCCCCACAAUAAUAUUACAAAGGAAGCCCUUGAAAAUCAAGCAAGAAUGCUUUCGGAUCAAUUUCGAGAAAGGGGAGCAGCGAAGGAUACUUUAUUUCUCGCUCCUUACUGCCAAGGGGGACACUGGAUGCUUAUUGUGGUUAAUCCCGUUGCUCCAAAAAUAUGGUAUCUCGAUCCCCUUAAUGGAGAGCCAAGCAACAGGGAAGAUAUGGUGGUACUUUUUAAUGAAGCUGUGGUGUUGUAUCGCACUGCGACCGACAUGACUGUGUCCCCUAAGAUGAGGGCAUUCGAAUCUUCAGAGAAAUGGGUCACUGUUAAGUGUCCAUUCCAGCCAGAUCAGAGCAAUGACUGUGGUUAUUGCUUGAUGAAGUUCAUGAAGGACAUUAUCACUCAUGCCCCUACCACAUUAUCUAACAAGUACUUCGAGGACGUCUAUUGCGUUCGUUAUACGACUGCACAUGUAGAAGAGGUCCUUGAAGAGGUGGCCCAAUGUGUUUUCAAUAUGUGGGUAGCAACAGUAGUUAGGCCGGUACAAUAGUUAGUUACAUUUAUAUACACAUUUUUGGGCCAAUU